CACGUGGUUCCGAUAGGUGAUGAGGGAGAGCUUCGAAAGUCUUCUAAACAGGUUGGAUACAGAACAUCGCGGCUGCAUUAAUUUUUUUUCCCGGAAACAAUUUGAAAAGAAAGAAUUCCAUUUUGAGGGGAAAAUUUUUAUCUAUGUUUAAAGAAAAUGUAAAAUAUUGUAACUCAAUACACUUCAAAAAUCGAUUUCCAAACAUUUGAAAAUUUUCUCAUUAUUCUUUGGAGAGAAAUUUUCCAAUUAAUUUUUCUUAUCAACGCACUUAUGAAAUGACCUUGAAAUCGAUUGCUGUUGAAGAUUAAAGAGAAGUGAAGAAGACGUCAACAAAUUAGUUACUCAUUUUUAAAAACUCUACGAACACUUCGUGGGAAUUGCAGCUAUGUUUUUUUUCAAUUAAAGAGGCAAAUCAGAAUUCUCAGUAUAGUAAAAAAGAUUAUCAUUUGUUUCUGAAAUCUCUACUGUUGAAAUUCGAUACUGAAUUCAAUGAAUUCAUGAAAAAAGAUUACUUCAUUCAUAAGUAACUAAUCACCGAUUUUGAUAUAAAAAGAUUUAUUGAUUGUGAUAAAUCCUGGAUUGCAUUAUUCUUCUGGAAUCCAACGAAGUGUGAUAGAUUAUAUCAAAAUAUCAAAGCAACUGAGCCUAUUGUUAUUCUAUCUUAUUAUUAAUUCAUAAAAAGUGAGCUAAAAGUCUUCAACAUCAGAUAUCAUCAAAAGUUACAAGAAAUCGAAAUCCAAUCCACGAACCAUUGCUUUGUUUUUCGAAGUGGAAACGUUCGGUGAAUAUCUGCAAAGAACAAAAGCUUCACCAUUUGGCGCGAAAUUCCAACCAAAGGUAUUCUUCUUCCCAGAAAUGAUGGGCAAUCGUUCCAAAGAAGAGACCUAAUCAGGGACGGCAUGUACGUCUACGCCCCCGAUAGCAGUGGCUCGGAGAGCUCUCCGGACAAUUCCGGUAUCGUCUGCAACGGCUUGCCGACGCCACACCAGGACCACGCCACUGCCCUGGUCACCCCACCUGUAACUCGCCGAGCCACAAACGGAUCGGCGCACCACCCCCAGCAGAGCUGCGGGGCCCUCGAUGGCCACGAAGGGGCCUUGGUCGCUCCAAGUGGAGCCCAGAGGAGAAGGGCCAGUGGAGGUGAGAAUAUGAGCCAUUUAACGAGGGAGGAGCGGCGGCGGCGUAGACGAGCCACCCAAAAAUAUCGUCUGGCCCAUGCUACUAGAGAGAGGAUCAGGGUGGAGGCUUUCAAUGUAGCGUUUGCGGAGUUGAGGAAACUGCUGCCUACACUGCCCCCUGACAAGAAGCUGUCAAAAAUAGAAAUCUUAAGGUUGGCCAUUUGUUACAUAGCGUACUUAAAUGAUGUAUUGGAUGUAUGAUAGUGGAAUGACAUUUGUUCCUCAGUUCCUCAGCUUAAUGUUGUAUGUAAAAUUCUCAAAAAUCCAUGCAGUCAAUCCUUUUAUUAACCAAUUAAAUGGAGAAAGAUAUUA